CCUCAAAAAUCCACUGCCUUCCUCGGAUCGUCCCCCAGAUUGGCAGUUUACUUUAGCGCCCCUACCUCGCUGCCACGGUGGGCCCUCUCCCUCACCAGGCUCACCUCGCCCUGUCUCUCCGUCGCCGGCCUCUCUUCCACCAGCCGCGCCGCCCCGCCCCGGCCCCGCCGUGCUCAUCUCCCCCCUUCACAUACGCGGCGACGCGGCAGCUGGCCGCCCUCUCCUACCGACGGCGUAUGUGGCGGUGGGGCACCCACAUCCACGCGGACGGCCUCUCUCUCCCUCACCAACCCGCGGGCGAAGUAUCUCCGGCUCCCCUCCGCCCCAAAGUUAGGUGGUUUUCGUCCCACCUGAACACCGAGUCACUGACACAGGCGUGGUCGGGGCUGUGGAGCAGAUUUGUUUGGGAGAGUGGAAGGAUUGACGAUGCGAAUAGACAGAGGGUCGUAUGGACCAGCUGCUGGAGCUUUUUCUUCUCCCCCAUCUGCUAAAUUCAAUUUUGGAGGGUCAUGUCCACCAUCUGCCGGAGAUGCUCCAAGGCAGGCAACUAGUCCACUGGCCGGUGAAUCCCACUCUCCCAGUCUGGCCACAAAAUUGUAUGAAGCAGACUUGAUUAAACGGGCCUCCUUUGCAAUAGCAUACUGCAUAAAGAACAACACAGCUAUGGUGUUUUUGGACCUUGCAUGGAAUAAGCUGUCUGGAAGAUUGCCUACAUGGAUAGGAGAUCUGGGGAAAUUAAGAUUUGUACUACUGAGCCACAAUGCAUUUUGUGAUAAUAUUCCGGCCGAAGUAACAAGGCUCAGGAAUCUUCAAUACUUGGAUCUAUCAGCCAAUAAUUUCUCUGGUGCAAUACCUUGGCAUCUAUCAAACCUGACAUCUAUGAAAAGGAUACAAAAGGAAUUCAUGGGUAUGUAUGACACAUAUAAUGCAUCCGCGCACAUUGGCGAGAUGGGAGCUGGUCACCUGGGAGAAAUAUUGCCAGUAGUAACAAAAGGACAUCAACUUUUAUAUGGUGGAGCGAUUGUUUAUGUUGUGAGCAUUGAUCUAUCAGACAACUCCUUGACCGGUGAAAUCCCUACAGACAUCACUUCCCUUACCGAGCUCAUGAAUUUGAACCUGUCGUCGAACAAAUUGAGUGGACAAAUCCCAAACAUGAUCGGGGCCAUGCGGUCACUGGAAUCUCUCGACCUCUCUGAGAACGAGCUCUCUGGUGAAAUCCCAUGGAGCUUGUCAAGCUUGACAUAUUUGUCCGCCCUUAACCUGUCCUACAACAAUUUGUCCGGAAGGAUACCUUCUGGCCCGCAACUUGACACCCUCAUUUCGGACAACAUAUACAUCGGCAACAGUGGGCUUUGUGGGCCUCCUCUCAGCAGAAGUUGUUCAGGAAAUAAUUCUUCCAUCAUUCAUGGCAACGUCGGAAGCAGCAAGCAAGAGCUUGUUCCACUGACCUUUUAUUUCGGCCUUGUGCUGGGACUUGUGGUGGGGCUCUGACAUGUCGCGGGCCGUCCAUGGAGAAUGCCAUGUGAUGAUCCGGUGGUGACAUCAUAGAAGAAGCAAGUAUGAUAAUUAUUGCAUGUAGUAUGUAUUAGCAUAAAUAUAUCCGUGAUAAGUUCUUUUCAUGAUAAACACUUCGGGUGGUUCGAGGGGGCAAAGUACUUGUAUCGUAAGACGUGUGGAUAUGGACUAAUACAGAAUCUAGUCGCUUAAAUAAUGUUGCUUGAUGUAA